CACAAAAAGCAAGCUCGUUGUUGAAACGGGUCAUUUUGGAGGCCUUUUGCCGCGUUAGUGAUCGAAAUUUACGUAACAUAUCACCGCAGCAGUCAUGCGGCGGCACCAGCUGCGACGGCGGCACCACUGGGCCCUCCUAUCAGCAGCUGCAGCUCCGGGGUGCAGCGCUCUGAUACCCUUGACGUCGCGCUACGCGCUCCGCGGCGGUCACGCGACCGCAAGGUCACGCAGCCGCCGCUACGCCGCCCCAGUAACGCCGCGUAUCGACGGCACAGACGGUACCGAAGACGACGCGCCGCGCACGAGCGCGCCGCACUACCCGCUCGCACCACCACCGGUAAUCGAAGAGGGCGCGACGCACCCGGCCUUUGCUGUAGAUGCCCCCAUCCAAAGGCGAAGGCCCUUCGGCAUCCCGUUGAUAGGGAGGUAUGUCUCAUACCUCGAGGAGCUGUGGCGGGCGGACACGGUGGUCAAGGCUCAUGAUAAUGUCGAGGAGGUCGGCCAGACGACGCUAGGGACAAGGGUCGCCACGGGUGUCGCUUUGGGCUUCAUCUUCAGCGCCUGGGUCUUUUCCACGCCAUCAUUAUUUGCGGCGGGCCACGCACUCCAGGCUAUUGCUGCGGGGCUGGAGUAUUUUCGCGUCGCGAUCAUCCAGGGCGCCGCGCCGGCGAGAAAAAUAGCGUGCACGACAACCUGCGUAUUGAUGGCCGUCGCCUGCCACGCCCCAUCAAUGCACGAACUAGUGUUCCCUCUGGCCACGACGUGGAUGAUGGUGUGGUUGUUACUUGCGAGAAGAGCUUGUAGCACAAUCCAAGACAUCUCGACAACCUUGAUGGGUUUAGUAUAUACGGCUUAUUUGCCGUCGUGGUGGGUGCGUUUGAGGUGCGCGCCGAACUGGGCAGUUGUCAAAGGUACAACUUUUUGGUUUGCCCCGCAAUUGUGUCAUAGGGGCGCGCAGCACGUCUGGUGGACCUGUUUGUCGAUAGCGUGCGCGGACAUCGGGGCCUAUUUUGGGGGGAAGAGGUUCGGGAGGCAUUCCCUGGACAAGGUUGGAUUGGGCGCAGCUGCAAAGGCCUCGCCGAACAAAACGACUGAAGGCGCCGUGAGUGGUCUCGUGAGCGCGGGCCUGUGCUCCUACGUCGGGGCGUUCUUUUUGAGAUGGCCGAGACCGUGGCUCGGCUUCGUCUACGGCGCGGGGGUCGCCACCAUAGCAUUGGUAGGCGACCUCACGGCGUCGAUGCUGAAGCGCGACGCGGACGUCAAGGACUUUGGGCAUCUCUUCCCGGGCCACGGCGGCAUCUUGGAUCGGUUGGAUAGCUUCUUCUUCGUCGCGCCGCUGGCCUUCUGCGUGCUGCCUAGGUUGGCGCCGCCGGGGGCCUGGGUCGCGUAGCUGCUCAUUGUAAUAGUCGUCGUUGAUC